UGCAAGAAACGGUUAAUGAGGUAUUGAGUUUUUGUCUUGAUCAUUAGUUUCCCGUUUUGGCCCAAACGGAUAGAGAUUUUAAUUACGUGUUACGUGUGGUUUUUAAUUUUUAUGUUUAUUUUAAUAUAAUAGAGUCUGGGUGGUUAAAGUUUAGAUCUGGGUGGGUUGAAAAUAAGGUUAUCGGCUACACUUGCAAACAAACCAGAGUUUGCAAGUAUUGGUAACCAUGUCAGAAACCUGAGUUAGUAGCUGUUGAUCAGUAUCUGGUUAGCCCCCGCAAAGCAAGAAAGACACAAAAAGGCAAGGUGUCUGCUAGAAUCUGAUCAAGAGAAUCAGACGAGGUACCAGGAAAAGAUUCUUUCUCCGAUACAUAUUAACAUGCAAGAAUAAGUAAUGAAUUAUGAAUAUUUGGGCCAUCCCUGCUAUAUUUAGUUCAGACAGUACUAGUCACUUGUACUCACAGGUCACUGGUCACUGGUCAGAGUGAUAAUCAAAUCGAAGGGUGAUACAUAUACAUAUAUAUAUAUAUAUAUAUAUAUGGAUACGAAUGAUUUUCCCAAGGUGUUGUGUGGCUGGAGUUGGGAGGAGAACAAGCAAUUUGAGCUGGCUCUGGCUGUGGUUGAUGAACAAGACCCAGAUCGGUGGCAAGAGGUCGCAGCCAAGAUUGGAGGCCAGAAGAGUGCUGAGGAUGUACAGAAACAUUACGUUAUCCUUCUGGAGGAUUUGCAGGUCAUAGAGUCUGGUCAAUUGGACCAUAAACUGGGACUGGGACUGGGACUGGGAGAAGCACACAAUAAUUAUGUCCAACUCGACUGUAUUCAAUCCGCCGUAUGCUGGACCAAUGAAGAUAACGAUUUGCUGGUUCAGUUGGACUUGAAUUAGUGUAUUCACAGAAGCAGCAGUAGAAAAGCCAUUCUUUUCCAACAGAAGCACACAGCACGAAGCAAAGCAAAGCAACAAGUGAGAAGAGCUAUGUUAAAAGUGUAAUUGAUUACAAGUAAUUUAAGAUGCAUGUAGUUUUAAUUAAAUUUUGAAAAUGAAGCACUUUAUCUUCUUGCAUAACCUCAAAAAAUAAAAUAAAAAUUGAUUUACUGGAAUGGGUUGGCGGCCUCUCUCUUUCUUUUCCUCUUGCUCUCUCUCUCUGAUGCAAAAAUUGGAAUCAAUGUAAAGGAUAUAAGGGAGCAAGACUAUCAAUUGAGGGGCUACAAAGUACAAACAACCACUAGUAAUGAAAUUAAGAAUGUCAUAUAAGAAAUGAGUAUAAAUCAUGAACAAGUCACAACUUUAAUUACUAGCAAACAUAACUAUGCCAUUACCCCAAAAAAAAAAAAAGAGUAAACAUAACUAUGCUAUCUUUUCCUAAAUCAUUUCUUCAUUACUACUGCAAACUAUGCAAAGCUCCUCCGCUCCGCGUGGUGUCUGGGUAUCGACCACAUUGAGCUGCGGUUGGAUUUUUGACCAUGAAGGCCUAUGAAUUAUGAAAUCCCUCCCUCUAUAACUUUUACUAAACCAAACCAAAACCACAUGUAAUUUGUUGUAUCUGGUUAAGACCUGUGCUUUUGGCUGCUUCUCAAUCUUGAUGUGCCUCCAAAAGUAAUAAAGAAAAGGGGGAAAAAAAAAA